CUUGUAAAUUCCAAGGUUUUGGUGCCUUGCAUUGUGUUUCGGCUCAGCUCUCCCCAGCUUACUGUGACAGCAUAUGACUCCAUGUCAUAUCCAUUGCACUGCUUCACUGGGGGACCUUGUCAUGGUGGAAGUGCACUCUGACGUCAGGCUCUUUGAAGACCAGUGGUUCUGUGACAAGAUCUCUGUUAAGGCACCAGAGGGUGAAGAACUUAUGUUCCCGUGUUACCGCUGGCUUAGCUCCAAGGCAGGGCUGUAUUUAAGACCUGCUUCAGGGAAAUUGCCAUUCCAGGAUACUCACCCGAUAGCCUAUAAACAGAGGCAGAGACAACUGGAUGAGGCUCACAACAACUUCAGAUGGCGUGUAUACGCUGAAGGUUUGCCUCAGACAGUCGACGCUGAUUCAUUCUGCAAACUUCCUGCAGAGGUCCAGUUCUCAUUCAAAAAAUUUGUUGACUUUUUCUCCACUGCAGCCACUGAAUUAUGUGCAUUGGGGUUAAAGAAGUAUGUCCAUUGUACCAAAUCGUGGAGAAGCUUGAGCAAGUUGGAAAAAAUGAUGUCAGAAUCCUUUUCAUCUAGCCAAACCUACGAAUACGUCCUGAAUCACUGGAAAGAGGAUAAAUUCUUUGGCUACCAGCUGCUGAAUGGUCUUAACCCCAUGAUGAUCCAGUGCUGCUCAAAACUGCCCGAGAACUUCCUCGUCACAGAGGAGAUGGUCAAAGACUCUCUGAAUGGGAGCAACCUGGAGCAUGAGAUUGAGAAAGGGAACAUCUUCCUGUGUGACUACAAGAUGUUGGAUGGGCUUGUGGGAAAUGUAGUCCAUGACAGGCAGCAGUAUCACACCGCUCCCCUGGUCCUGCUCUACUGCAACCCUCAGGGUCUGAUGCUGCCCAUCGCCAUACAGUUAGGGCAAACACCUGGACCUGAGAACCCCAUCUUCCUGCCCACCGACCCCAAGCAUGACUGGCUGCUGGCUAAGAUCUUUGUGCGGGCCGCGGAGUUCAGCGUGCACGAGUCCGACUUCCACCUGCUGAGAACUCACCUGCUAUGUGAGGUGUUCACCAUGGCAACAUUACGGAACUUACCCUCCAUACACCCGCUCUAUAAGCUCAUCUUUCCGCAUAUCCGGUACACGCUUCACAUCAACAUCCUGGCCCGGAAUCAGCUGAUAUCUGAAAAUGGGGUCCUUACCAAGGAAUGGGCGGAAAGUCAUUGUCCGAGUUGCUGAAGCGUGGAACUUCCUCCCUGACCUACAGCUCCCUCUGUCUGCCUGAGAACAUCUCUGAGAGAGGCCUGGAGGAUG